CCCGAACCAUUCCCCACUCCCCUCCCCCUUGCGGCUGUGACAGUGAUCGCUUCCGCUUCCGGGUCGCUCCGGUGGCGGGUAGUUGAAGCGCUGUCGUCAUGGAGCUGCUCGGGGAGUUUGUAGAUCGGGACGGGCAGCAGCAGCGGAUCCGAAUAGCUUGCGAGGGGCCGAGUGAGUCUAGUCGUUUCCAGGGACUGCUUUCUGGAUUGGCGCAGAUGAGGGAACGGGUGACCGAGCUCCUCAGUACCGUGGAAGGAAAGGAUGAGCAGGACCCGGCAGCGACUGGAGGCUCCUCCUCAGUCUCGGAGGGUGAAGACGAUGAGGCUGAAGAUGAAGAAAGUAACACUCAUAACAAAAUUUACUCAUCUGGACCACCUGCAAAACGGAUAAAACCCAUACAUUUUGACAGUAAUCUUGAAUGUAAUUGUGGAGCAAAAAACUUUGGCUAAAUCUUGAUUAAAAAUAUUUGAUAUAUAUUGA